UGGCCUCUCGUUUCUUUCUUUCUUUCUUUCUUUCUAUUUACUUACUCCAUUCUGCAGCAUCAGUUGCUCUCAUAAGUGUUUUGCUGCCAGUCCGGACUUGUUCAGACGGCAGCUAAUGAUCGCAGGUCGAGUUAUUUGUCGUUUAAAGCGACAGAAAGUGAAAGUCAGUCGUAAUUUAUCUUCCUCUGGAGAGACUGUGGAGAUUCACCUGCUUCUUGGAAAAUGGUUCACGGACAUUUCCUGGUUGUUUUCAUCUCUUUACUUCAUUUAGCUGCUGCAGAGAAUGUGAAAUAUGCCCUCCUGGGCCAGACAGUCAUUCUGGAUCCAGAAAUCAAGGCAUCUGGUGCAAAUAACAUCCUGUGGAAACACAGUGGGAACAAAGUGGUGGAGUUUAAUGGAAACGAGCAGCUUGAGUACGAACCAUUUAAAGAUAGGAUCACACUGGACUGGCACACUGCAGAGCUGGAGAUCACCGACCUCAGAUAUGAAGACAGUGGAGACUAUGAACUGGAGAUGUUCAUGAACAAAGAAUUCAUACCUUUCACUUUCAAACUGAAGGUCAUUGGUAAAGUAUCCAGACCUUCCAUAUCCUGUGAGAUAGAAGACACCAGCUCUGAUGAAUCUGGAAACCGGGCCUCACUGAAAUGCUCUGCAGAAUCCAGCCGUUCUGAGUCCUUCAUGAAGUUUGAAUGGAGCUGGCGUGGCAGCAUGCAGCCCGGCCCAAAUUUAACAAUCCCUCUGGGGGAUGAGAAUGAUGAGGAAGAGUACAGUUGUACUGUGAGCAACCCGAUGUCCAGAGAGACGACGACUUUCUCUGCAAGGAGCUGCUACUCUGAGACAAAUUUAGCUGGGAUCAUUGUCGGGUGUGUCAUUGCUGUCAUUGCUGUCCCUCUGGUGGUUUUGCUGCUAUUCCUGAAACGAAGACAACGUAAACCAGAGCAAAACAGAAGUGACCCUGAACAAAAUCCUUUAAUGAAUACACAGCCCACCUCUCAGUCUCCUCCACAACCAGCAGGCUUUGCUGAAGAGAACGACGACACAGAGUUGGUUGAUGUGAAGAAAACGACACAAAAUUUUCAAGAGAUGAUCGAUGAGCAUGAGAAUUCCACUCCUGCUAAACCUCCUGGUCUUGCUAAAGUUUUGUCUCCAUCGAAAAUGAACUUUUCAGUCACAUCUCAAGAGGGUGGCAUCGAUGAACACAAGAAAGAAAACAACUUGGAUCAAGUCAGUGGAGAACUUCCACAAAACCCUGCUGGAGAGUCGAGCUUGGAGGAGAAAAACCAGUCAGAUGAGGAAAACAGAAGUGACCCUGAGCAAAGAACUUUAAAUGGUGGACUUUCCACCUCUCAGUCUCCUCUGCAAUCCCCAGACUGUGCUCAAGAGGAUGACGGCACAGAGCCAGAUAAAGGCAUCAAUUCUCCUUCUGGUAAACCACCUCAUACUCCCAAACCACCGUCUCCACCUGCACCGGACUCUUCAAACACACCUGAUGAGGGUGGCAUUGAUAAACACAAGGAAGACAACAACUCGGAUCAAAUCACUGGAAAACUUCCACAAGACACCGCUGGAGAGUCGAGCUUGGAGGAAGGAAAACAGCAGACGGAGGUUCUCCAAGGGUCAAAACCUGAAAUCUCUCAUAUAGGUAUUGAUAUCCCAAAUGGUGCAGAUACAGCAGCUGCUAAUCUGGCAGAAAAGGACAACACUGUGUCUGACAGUCAGUCAACCAGCGACAACGAGGCAAGUGACACAAAAGAGGAACCUGCUGGUCAACAAGAGGACCAGGUCCCUGUAAAUCCAACACCUGGAGACGCCAAAGACUCAGAGAUGAGUCUGGCUGCUGAUGGAGUCGGAGACUCUCCAACAGAGACGCAAACUUCAGGACAGAUAGAAAAUGAACCCGACCCAGAGAACAGCAAACAAGAAGAGACAAAAAAUACUAAAGACGAUCAAGAAGAAAAUCAGCAGCCUGAGAGUCAACGAAGCUCAAGACAAGGAAGCCAUGACUCUUUAAAAUCAGCUGGUAUCUCUACUGAUCAAACUGACAAACAAGACAAAGUCAGUUCCAGGCGCAGCAGUCAGUCUGAGAAUAACUCCAAAGAGACUGGAGGAGAUGAAGGUGAAAGACAAGAUGAACAAAGAGACGCUGAUGCCAGUGAACAUGUUGAUAGUGCAAAGUCAGUUUCAGAUAAAGUGAUCGAUUCUCCGACUCCAGCCACUGGAGAACCUUCUCAAAACCCUGCUGGAGAGUCAAGCUUGGAGGACAAAAACCAGUCAGAUGGAGGAAAGACAAGUGACCCUGAGCACAAAAGUAAUGCCAGCACAGAGCCAGGCCCUGGGAAAGGAGGUGCAGCAUCAAGCAGCGGUCCAGAGGGGGCAGAUGAGCAUGAGAAUUCCACUCCUGCUAAACCUCCUGGUCUUGCUAAAGUUUUGUCUCCAUCAAAAUUGAAUUUUUCAGUCACAUCUCAAGAGGGUGGCAUCGAUAAACAGAACAAAGAAAACAACUUGGAUCAAGUCAGUGGAGAACUUCCACAAAACCCUGCUGGAGAGUCAAGCUUGGAGGACAAAAAACAGUCAGACGAGGAAAACAGAAGUGACCCUGAGCAAAGAACUUUAAAUGGUGGACUUUCCACCUCUCAGUCUCCUCUGCAAUCCCCAGACUGUGCUCAAGAGGAUGACGACACAGAGCCAGAUAAAGGCAUCAAUUCUCCUUCUGGUAAACCACCUCAUACUCCCACACCACCGUCUCCACCUGCACCGGACCCUUCAAACAUAGCUGAUGAGGGUGGCAUCGAUAAACACGAGGAAGACAACAACUCGGAUCAAAUCACUGGAAAACCUCCACAAAACCCUGCUGGAGAGUCGAGCUUGGAGGAAGGAAAACAGCAGACGGAGAUUCUCCAAGGGUCAAAACCUGAAGUCCCUCAUAUAGGUAUUGAUAUCCCAAAUGGUGCAGAUACAGCAGCUGCUAAUCAGGCAGAAAAGAACAACACUGUGUCUAACAGUCAGUCAACCAGCGACAACGAGGCAAGUGACACAAAAGAGAAACCUGCUGGUCAACAAGAGGACCAGGUCCCUGUAAAUCCAACACCUGGAGACGCCAAAGACUCAGAGAUGAGUCUGGCUGUUGAUGGAGUCGGAGACUCUCCAACAGAGACGCAAACUUCAGGACAGAUAGAAAAUGAACCCGACCCAGAGAACAGCAAACAAGAAGAGACAAAAAAUACUAAAGACGAUCAAGAAGAAAAUCAGCAGCCUGAGAGUCAACGAAGCUCAAGACAAGGAAGCCAUGACUCUUUAAAAUCAGCUGGUAUCUCUACUGAUGAAACUGACAAACAAGACAAAGUCAGUUCCAGGCGCAGCAGUCAGUCUGAGAAUAACUCCAAAGAGACUGGAGGAGAUGAAGGUGAAAGACAAGAUGAACAAAGAGACGCUGAUGCCAGUGAACAUGUUGAUAGUGCAAACUCAGUUUCAGAUAAAGUGAUCGAUUCUCCGACUCCAGCCACUAGAGAACCUUCUCAAAACCCUGCUGGAGAGUCAAGCUUGGAGGACAAAAACCAGUCAGACGGAGGAAAGACAAGUGACCCUGAGCACAAAAGUAAUGCCAGCACAGAGCCAGGCCCUGGGAAAGGAGGUGCAGCAUCAAGCAGCGGUCCAGAGGGGGCAGAGCAAAACAGAAGUGACCCUGAACAAAAUCCUUUACUGAAUACACAGCCCACCUCUCAGUCUCCUCCACAACCAGCAGGCUUUGCUGAAGAGAACGACGACACAGAGUCAGUUGAUGUGAAGAAAACAACACAAAAUUUUCAACAGAUGAUGGUCACAUCUCAAGAGGGUGGCAUCGAUAAACAGAACAAAGAAAACAACUUGGAUCAAGUCAGUGGAGAACUUCCACAAAACCCUGCUGGAGAGUCAAGCUUGGAGGAGAAAAACCCGUCAGACGAGGAAAACAGAAGUGACCCUGAGCAAAGAACUUUAAAUGGUGGACUUUCCACCUCUCCGUCUCCUCUGCAAUCCCCAGACUGUGCUCAAGAGGAUGACGACACAGAGCCAGAUAAAGGCAUCAAUUCUCCUUCUGGUAAACCACCUCAUACUCCCACACCACUGUCUCCACCUGCACCGGACCCUUCAAACACACCUGAUGAGGGUGGCAUUGAUAAACACAAGGAAGACAACAACUUGGAUCAAAUCACUGGAAAACCUCCACAACACACCACUGGAGAGUCGAGCUUGGAGGAAGGAAAACAUCAGACGGAGGUUCUCCAAGGGUCAAAACCUGAAAUCCCUCAUAUAGGUAUUGAUAUCCCAAUUGUUGCAGAUACAGCAGCUGCUAAUCAGGCAGAAAAGGACAACAUUGUGUCUAACAGUCAGUCAACCAGCGACAACGAGGCAAGUGACACAAAAGAGGAACCUGCUGGUCAACAAGAGGACCAGGUCCCUGUAAAUCCAACACCUGGAGACGCCAAAGACUCAGAGAUGAGUCUGGCUGCUGAUGGAGUCGGAGACUCUCCAACAGAGACGCAAACUUCAGGACAGAUAGAAAAUGAACCCGACCCAGAGAACAGCAAACAAGAAGAGAACAAAAAUACUAAAGACGAUCAAGAAGAAAAUCAGCAGCCUGAGAGUCAACGAAGCUCAAGACAAGGAAGCCAUGACUCUUUAAAAUCAGCUGGUAUCUCUACUGAUGAAACUGACAAACAAGACAAAGUCAGUUCCAGGCGCAGCAGUCAGUCUGAGAAUAACUCUGAUGCGACUGGAGGAGAUGAAGGUGAAAAACAAAAUGAACAAAGAGACGCUGAUGCCAGUGAACAUGUUGAUAGUGCAAACUCAGACAAAGAGAGCAAUUCUCCUACUCCAGCCACUGGAGAACCUUCACCAAACACAUCUGGAGAGUCAAGCUCGGAGGACAAAAACCAGUCGAACGAUAAGCAUGAGAAUUCCACUCCUGCUAAACCUCCUGGUCUUGCUAAAGCUUUGUCUCCAUUGAAAUUUAACUUUUCAGUCACAUCUCAAGAGGGUGGCAUCGAUAAACAGAACAAAGAAAACAACUUGGAUCAAGUCAGUGGAGAACUUCCACAAAACCCUGCUGGAGAGUCGAGCUUGGAGGAGAAAAACCCGUCAGACGAAGAAAACAAAGGUGACCCUGAUAAAGGAAAGAUUAACAACAAAGAGUCAGACCCUGGGAAAGAAGGUGCAGCAUCAAGCAGCGGUGCAGAGGGGGCAGAAAAAAAAAGAAGUGACGGUGAGCAAAAUCUUUCAGUGACCAGCCCAGCUCUCAGGCUCCUUCAGGGUAACCUCACUGACAUCAACACAAAGACAACAUCAAGUCAGGAACAAGAUCCAGGAUCAAGCAGCGGUCCAGAGGGAGCAGAUGAGGAGAUCUAUGCUACUCCUCCUCGUUCUCCCGAACCAUCACCUCCACCGGCAACAGACUGUUCAAACACACCUGAUAAACCAAAGAAAGGAAAUGAAGUCAGUGCAGAAAUUACAAAAAAACACUGAUGGAGAGUCAAGAUUGGAAGAAGAAAAACAGAAGAAAGACAUUCCCAAAGGAUCAAAAUGUGAAAACCCUCAUGUGGCUAUUCAGUUCCCAAAUGCUGCAGAUGCAGCAGCUGCUAAUCAGGCAGAAAAGGACAACACUGUGCCUAACGGUGUGUUUCCACCGGACACGUUUAACGCGACUUUAUUCGCGCGACAAACGACACCGUGCCGCACUAGACGUCCGAGUUUUAUCGCUGGUGUAUGGAAAGCCGAAAGACUCUCAAUUUGCCACUAAUCCAACGCGUCUGAUUCUUAAGACGCCGUAAAAAACGCCCAUUUUUUUUAAAAAAAUGCGCGUUUUAAACCAGCAAAACGCGCGUUUUUUACGGCAUUUUAUAAGAUGUUAAUGAGCUCUGCCCUCUGAAAAACACAGCCAAUAAGU